AUGAACUGUCUUGUGCAGUCCGAGGUGCCAGAGUUGGUGGAGGAGGUGGAAAGGUACUGGCUAGAUAUAGUCAGUCUCACCUCCAUGCACAGCAUCGGCUCUGGAACCAAACUUCUCGACCAAAGGUGGACUCUAUCCUUCUCCAGAGAGGCCCCCUGUGAGCAGCCCUGGGCAGAUCUUUCUCUUGGUCUGGUACCAGAACACCCCUUGUCUGCACAAGUGAAUUUGGGUUUGGUUGCAGCCAACAUACCACCCCAGAACAAAGGAUCCCCUCUCUCCCUCCCAGACCUCCCCUCAGUUCUCCCGAUCGAGGAAGACCUUCCUCCUUACUCCCUAAUGAUGUCGGGCAGCACUUCCAAGAUCAACUGUCGUGUAUGUCAGUCCCUCAUUAGUGUGAAGGCAGACAGCCACCAGCACCUUGUUAAGUGUGGGGUCUGCAACGAGGCAACGCCCAUUAAGAACCCUCCUCCUGGUAAGAAGUAUGUGCGCUGUCCUUGUAACUGUCUCUUGAUCUGCAAAGCAACUUCACAGAGAAUGGCCUGUCCCCGUCCUUACUGUAAGAGAAUUAUAAACUUGGGUCCAGUGGAGUCAGAUUCAGGUCCUGUCAGCCCAGAGCUGCAGCCUUGUGGAGCCAGAGUGAGCUGUGGACACUGCGCUCACACAUUCCUGUGGACUGACUUUACAAAGAAGAAACUCGCCAGAUGCCCUCACUGUCGGAAAGUGUCCUUUAUUGGACGGCGUUACCCCUGGCAACGCUGUGUUUACUUUUUCAUGCUGGGUCUCUUCUUUGCUGUCAUUGCUGGAGGACUAAUGGCUUGCACUUGGCAGGAGGCUGAGCAGUACGGAGCGAUCUAUGCCAUCUGGGCUGUGGUUCUGGUUCUGUGUGUGGUUUGUCUGGGUUGGGCGGUUUACUGGGCCUGCAUUAAAAUCAGCGAGCCUGUACAGAACUACACAUAGAGGGAAAGAGGGAGGAGAGGAGGAGGAAGAGGAAGGAGAGGGGUGGAAGGGAGAGGGGUGGGAGAAAAGGAGAGAGAGGAGCUGAUUUAUAACUAUACUGAUUAAACUGGAGAGAGUGAGAGUUAGAGGAGCGG